UGUGCCGAUGAUGAAAGUCGCAAACACCACCAUACACGCAUACAAUGCCGAAGCCCACCGACGACACACGAAGCAGAACAACUCGUCAAAUCAAUUGACAUGACAGACCCAGACUCCACUCGGAUGCCACAGCAGCCGUAAAAAAGCAACCACCCAGCUUCGAAACCGGCAUGGAUUCCCCGCCACGCAAAGCGCAAAAGCAAAUCUCAGCACGCAAAAUCCUUCAGCGAUUACCAUCUCUCCUAGUCAGCAUUCCAGCAAGAGGGACAAGCCCUCGUAUACCGAAGCCUACUGUACCACCAUCCACUCAACCACUGGCACGAACUAGUGGAACGGCAGAUGCAAUGUUACUGCCAUUGAGUAACGAUGGGAAGGAGUGCUAGAGAAGACGGGACAUCAAAAGAGUGGCAUUUGUUC